AGCUGAUUGAUAUUUGCCAAGACCACACUUGGCUUCAACAUAUUCGCAUCUUUUCCCUUUCAUGUUCAUCGCCAUGGGGUGUGGUUUUACGAUGAUCAGUUUCGGUUAUUAAUAGUCGGAUAGCUCCGCAUCGUCCAAAGUUCAUCACACCCCGUUCAGUAAACCAUGUGUUACAGCUAGUUCGAGCGAGUACAAAAGAUGGUCUUCAGGAACCUUGCCCCUCAUGAGAGUUCGGCUGUUACCCUCCCGGCAUGUCGGAGGGACUUGGAUUUUCGCCUGCCUAUUUCCUCUGGCAUGUGGUCAAAGCUCCAACGUAACAUGUGGAUCCUCGAUGGAUUGGGCAAAGAACGCGAUGGGGCAGGACCCCUGUACUGUUGGCGCUUUUGCCUUUGAUUGCGGCAACAGCCUCGUAAUCACCCCUUUGGGACCCGGGACCGUAUACGCAGGACCGGGGCCGACCACGGAGACUGCGUCUCCGUGCGUCUGCAACUCCGUCACAUACUCGUUGAUGGCUGCAUGUGGCAUGUGUCAGACCCACAAUGCGCAGAGCUAUAACGACUGGAUGCAAUGGUGCAACGGGACUAAUGGGCCCUACUAUGAGUCGUACCCAGAACUUACUCCCGAGGGAACGACGUUUCCUCCGUGGUCCUAUCUUCCAGUUCCAAACAACAUGUGGAACAGCGAAAACGCGAUACAAAACGCGAGCUACGUCGCCAGUAAAGCGUCGGCGUCGACGGCGUCCGUGAUGACUUUGUCAUCAUUAAUAGCGGCGUCUACCUCGUAUGCUGCCCGAUUGUCGUCGCUCGACGCGCUCCAGGCUAGCUCUACGUCAACAUCCUCAUCUACAUCAUCGUCUUCCUUGAAAUCAAACACUGGCGCAAUUGCAGGCGGUGUCGUGGGUGGAAUCGCUGCUGUUGCUCUAUUGUUGGGCUUCGGUGCUUUGUUACUCCGACGCAAGAAGAUGGCUCUCAAAAACAAGAAUGCCAGUCACUCCGCUGCGGUUGAGCAUGCUGCUCCGCAGCCUCCCAGUAUUACCUCGAACGUUCGCUAUGACCCUAACGACCCUCGUACUUAUCCGGAUGGCUCUGCAUCAGACGGGCAUGUUGAUAGCCAGGGCAUUUUAUCCCAUAAAAUGUCUCAGCGCGGACCUGGACCUGUGGGGGCUGGUGGAUACACCGGGGCUCCGGAGCUGUAGCUGGUCUUUUGCCGAGUUCUUCUCUUGGUGGGAAAAGUAUUACUAUUUAUUGUAACAUUGAGAGAUCAG